AUGGCGGCUGUCCAAUCACCCAAGCAAAGCCUGGAGCAUCCAAAUCUUGAAAAAGACACAGAGAUUCAAAAAACAGCAGAUACGGAAUCAGCAGACUCCAACACAGUAGAAGAAGAAUAUCCCUCUUCAAUACAGUUACUUUUCAUCAGUAUUGCCGUUAUUUUUAGUAUCUUCUUGGCCGCUCUUGACCAGACUAUCGUCGGUACCGCUAUUCCCAAGAUCACAGACGAGUUUCACAGUGUCGACAAAGUGUCAUGGUUUGGAGCUGCUUACUUCAUGACCUUUGGUGGCUUUCAGACAUCGUGGGGCAAGGCAUUCUCGUAUUUCAACUUCAAACACGCCUUUCUGCUCUCCAUGUUUAUCUUCGAAGUAGGGAGCUUGCUGUGUGCUGUGGCUCCUAAUACAAUUGCAUUUAUCUUUGGACGAGCCAUUGCAGGGUUGGGAGGUGCCGGUAUGUCGUCCGGCGCCAUAACAAUGAUCGCAUUUUCAGUCCCGCCACGAAAAAGGCCCCUUUUUUUAGGCAUCACAGGCUCAACCUAUGGGAUCUCCUCUGUUGUUGGUCCCCUACUAGGUGGCGUCUUCUCUGGCCGCGUCAGUUGGCGGUGGUGCUUCUAUAUCAAUCUUCCUCUUGGGGGAGCUGCGGCUGCCAUUAUCUUCAUUUUCUUUACCACUCCACCUCAAGCAAAGCCACUCCCCGCAACUUUGAAGGAGAAAUUUCUACAGAUGGAUCCUGUCGGUGUGGUGUUGUGUAUGGCUUCUAUUAUCACCUUUAUAAUGGCCUUUGAGUAUGGCGGACAGUCCAAGGCGUGGAACAGCAGCGUCGUAAUCGGCCUCCUCGUCGGAUUUCCACUGAUUACCGCUUCAUUUGUCAUUUGGGAGUACUAUCAAGGAGAACGUGCCAUGAUUGUACCCCGUCUUUUCAAGAAGCGUGCAAUCUGGGCUGGAUCGCUCUACCAGUUCUUUAUAGCAGGUGCAUAUUUCUUGAUUCUUUACUACCUACCCAUCUACUUCCAGAGCAUCCAAAAUGUGAGCGCCAUCGAGUCUGGUGUUCGCAAUCUAGCCAUGGUUAUCACAAUCAGCUUUGCACUCAUUGCUGGUGGUGUUAUCGUGGGACAAACAGGCCAAACAGUUUCCUUCAUGAUGUUUGGGGCGGCCAUCGCCGCUAUUGGCACCGGGCUGAUGCGUACUUUUGGCUUGCAUACGUCUUCUGGUAAAUGGAUCGGCUAUCAGAUCUUGACGGGAUUUGGCAUCGCUUUUCCUUUUCAAAUAACACUCAAUAUUGGCCAGGCGAAUGCCAGCUCUGCUGACAUGUCUAAAGCCACGGCCACUAUAUUCUUCUUUCAAACCAUUGGAGGCGCGUUAUCUCUUGCUGCUGCACAAGCUGCAUUCUUGAACACCAUAAGAAAGACCGCCACUGGCAUUGACCGUACACUAUUGAUAGCUUCUGGUGCUACUCAGCUGCGGUCAAUGUUCUCCCCAGAGCAGCUCCCGAUUGUAAUCAACGCAUAUUUGGCCGGAACCAGAGCGGCCUUGACUAUCGCCGUUGGUAUGGUGGGAUUUGCUUGCUUCGCAAGUCUUUUAAGCUCGUGGAAGAACUUGCAUGAUCAGAGGCCCGAAGGAGCUCCUCCUUCCGCUAAAAGAGAGGUGGUUCUUGUUAUGGCUUAG